AUGCGUUGGCUGGUAGGUGCUCUCUGCCUGAGAAUCGCUCUGGCCACGGCUCUCCCCGUGGCCAGUUCACACGAGAUCCGUCUGCGCUAUCUGCCUUCUCUCAUGACUCCCGAGUCCGAUGCAGAAUCCUAUCUGUCGAUCAACUGGUCUGUUCAAAAUGGCAAUCUCUACGCCAACAAUGAACAGGUCUUCCCUCCGAUAAUACCGAUGCAGUUCCAUGCCCCUCGGUAUGCCAGCUCAGGCAACAAGCUUCUCGGCGACACCGACCUGAAACUCUCCUAUGCGCUCGACGCCCGCCGCCUCCCGCCGGCCAAUGCGGGAGCCGAGGUCAUGCGUCUGAGACUGGACGUGCUGGACCUGCAGAGCCAGCCCGUCACCCCGGGUGCCGUCGUGCUCUAUCUGUUGUUGUCCCAGGACGGCGACCACCGGAUCGACCGCAUCCGCGUCGAGUUUGGCGCCUCGGGCGAUGACCCUUCCCCUUACAAGGACCGGCCAUGGCAUCUCCAAUCCUGGAACGCGCAGGUGAAUCCCGCCGAACAGGAGGCCCCGUCCACCACCGAAUCUUCUUCAAAUGGCGUCCCGCACUCUGCAGACCCCCAUACUGACACCACCUUCUCUGUCUGGACUCCCUCGACCCGUCCGCACCAUCGCCCCCAUCGCCCCAGCCAACCCUUCAUGGGCCUCGUCCGCCCGAUCCUGCUGCCUGCUCUAGUUGGAGCUAUCCUGGGUGUUGUGGCCUGUGUGGUGGGUCUCGUGGUCGGGAAUCUGCUCAUGUCGCUGUUUACUUGUCUCGGAUGGCGAAAGCGAUCGGACCGGCAGUCCUGGAUGUAUUCUAUGGAUGAUGAGAGCGUCACUGAAAAGUCCUUGCUGUCAGUGCCGCGCAUUUCCGUGACAAAUGCCGAGGAUAUAUGA